GAUGACGGUGAUGCGAGCCAUGCCUGUGAGCAGCCACUGCUGACCGGACCAGCUUGGAAUACACUCACCGUUUACAACUCUCCAUCUGCUCCCCGCUCUGCUAAAACUGGACCCGAGCUGGUUUGAGGAUUUUUUUUAAAACGGAAAACUCUCUCAAACGGGUUCUUUCUUUACGUUUUCUUUAAUUAAUUCGGCUUAAGUCUGCCCCACCAAAACUCGUAGUUCAUUCUUCCAAAUGUUGCCAGUCUCGCUUCGCGUGUGGCUGUAGCCGGUUGGUUUACCCGGAAAAGGUUGCACCGGGAAUAUUCUUGUCUUCAAUUAAAAUUCCUGAAUACCUCUGUGAAGCGCGCCUACUAUUUUCCCUGCAAUGGCAGACGCUAACACAGAAUGCAAUAUCAAGGUGUUGUGUCGAUUUCGUCCUCUCAACAAGUCGGAAAUUAUCCGCAGAGAUAAGUUCAUCCCAAUAUUCCAAGGAGAAGAUACCGUCAUCCUCGGGGGGAAGUCCUACGUGUUUGACCAAGUGUUCCCCACCAACACCACCCAGAUACAGGUCUACAACACCUGCGCCAAGCAGAUCGUCAAAGAUGUACUGGGUGGAUACAAUGGGACAAUAUUUGCCUAUGGGCAGACUUCUUCUGGAAAAACGCACACCAUGGAGGGGAACCUUCACGAUCCUCAGGGAAUGGGAAUCAUUCCCCGGAUUGCAGAGGACAUUUUUGAACAUAUAUUUGCCAUGGAUGAGAACCUAGAAUUUCACAUAAAGGUCUCCUACUUUGAGAUCUACAUGGAUAAAAUCCGGGACCUGCUUGAUGUGACAAAAACCAACCUGUCGGUGCACGAAGACAAAUACAGAGUUCCUUAUGUGAAGGGCUGCACAGAGCGCUUCGUCACGAGUCCCGAGGAAGUGAUGGAUGUGAUAGAUGAAGGGAAGGCCAACCGACAUGUUGCUGUCACCAACAUGAAUGAGCACAGUUCCCGCAGUCACAGCAUCUUCCUAAUAAACAUCAAACAAGAGAACGUGGAGACGGAGCUGAAGCUGUGUGGCAAGUUGUACCUGGUCGACUUAGCCGGGAGUGAGAAGGUCAGUAAGACGGGUGCAGAGGGAGCUGUGCUGGAUGAGGCCAAGAACAUCAACAAAUCUCUGUCGGCUCUGGGGAACGUUAUCUCAGCCUUGGCUGAAGGAACGAAAUCUCACGUCCCGUACCGUGACAGCAAAAUGACUCGCAUCUUACAGGACUCGCUGGGUGGGAACUGUCGCACCACCAUGUUCAUCUGUUGCUCUCCCUCGAGCUACAAUGAUGCAGAGACCAAAUCCACCUUGAUGUUUGGCCAACGAGCCAAGACCAUCAGGAACACUGUAACAGUGAACCUGGAGCUCACAGCGGAGCAGUGGAAGAAGAAAUACGAAAAGGAGAAAGAGAAGAACAGGUCGCUGAAGGAGACUGUUCAAAGACUGGAGGCUGAGCUGAAUCGAUGGGGGAACGGUGAGGAUGGUGCUGUGUUAGAGCCUCUGAGCCCAGGAUCGGAAGACGUCUCCCUGGUGCCUCCUCAAUCUGAGGUGCUGCUCCUCGACAUGCGCAGUCCCUGCAGCCCUUGCUCCAUUGCCUCCUCCAUUGUCGUGCACAUCUCUGAGGAGGAGCGGCAGAAGUAUGAGGAGGAGAUCCGCAAGCUUUACAAACAGUUGGACGAUAAGGAUGACGACAUCAACCACCAGAGCCAGAUGGUGGAGAAACUGAAGGAGCGGAUGCUUGACCAGGAGGAGCUUCUAGCGUCAUGCAGGGGUGACAGCGAGAGGGUGCAGUCGGAGCUCGGCGCGCUGCAGACAGAGAACGAAUCUGCAAAGGCCGAGGUGAAGGAGGUCCUGCAGGCCCUGGAGGAGCUGGCGGUGAACUACGACCAGAGGAGCCUGGAGGUCGAGGAGAAGAGCGUGCAGAACAAACUCCUGGCUGAAGAGUGUGCAAAGAAAAUGGCUCAGUUCAUGGCUCUAGAGGUGGAGCUGUCUCGUAUCAAGGAAGUAAGCAGCCACCAAAGGAAACGCAUCUCUGAGGUCCUCAACGGGCUGACGAGGGACCUGAGUGAGUUCAGCACCAUCCUCGGAAACAGGGACAUCAAGCUGCACGUGGAGAUCACCGGUGCGAUCGAGGAGGAGUUCACCGUGGCCCGCCUCUACAUCAGUAAGAUAAAGUCAGAGGUUAAAUCCAUGGUGAAGCGCUGUCGCAACCUGGAGAACCUUCAAGCAGAGUGUCACCGCAAGAUGGAGGAGACGGGCAGAGAGCUGUCCUCGGGUCACCUCCUCGUUUCACAGCACGAGGCAAAGAUCCGCUCUCUAACGCACUACAUGCAGAACGUGGAGCUGAAGAAGAGGAAGCUGGAGGACAGCUACGACUCUCUGAGCGAGGAGCUGGCAAAACUCCAAGCUCAAGAGAGAAUGGCACAGGUGACCGGUGGGGAGAAUCACUCGUCUGCCCAGGAUUCCUGUGAAAUGAAGAGGGCUCUGGAGCAGCAGAUGGAGUCACACCGGGAGUCGCACAGCAAGCAGCUCGGGCGCCUGCGAGACGAGAUCAAUGAGAAGCAGGAGAUCAUCGGCGACUUGACGGAUUGUAACCAGAAGCAGCAACUGGAGUUGGAGCAACUGCACUGUGACUUUGAAUGUCUCCGGAGCCAAGAACAUCACAAGAGCCGACAGCUGGAGGAACUGACAUUUCUCCAUGAGCGGCAUGAGCAGUCGAAGAGGGACCUCAAAGGGCUGGAAGAGACUGUCGUAAGUCAUCAUUUACUGUCACAAUUCACUUGGCUCCCUCAGAGGCCACGGAUCCACUGUGAAUACUCCAGCUGCUUUGUCUAUUUGCUCUCUCCAAUCAUACCAAAGGCUCGUGAACUCUACACCCUGCACAACCUCCGCAAGCUUUUUGUUCAAGACCUCACGACUCAAGUUAGAAAAAGUGCACAGAUGGAGCUUGAUGAAAGCGGGGGAUAUAUCAGCCAGAAACAGAAGAUCUCCUUUCUUGAAAACAACCUCAACCAGCUUACAAAAGUUCACAAACAGCUGGUACGUGACAACGCAGAUCUUCGCUGUGAGCUUCCCAAGCUGGAGAAGCGGCUUCGGUCUACGGCGGAGCGGGUUAAGGCACUGGAGGGUGCGCUGAAAGAGGCGAAGGAAGGAGCCAUGAAGGACCGCCACCGCUACCAGCAGGAGGUGGAGCGCAUCAAAGACGUGAUGAGGACCCGCAAUCCCUUCCGAAGGCCCCACGCUGCGCAGAUAGCCAAGCCUGUGCGUGCCGGCCACUGCCCGCCGUGCUCUCCCAUCAACCCCUUCUUCGUCCGCGGCUACAGCCACCAGCCCGUCGCCUCCCGCGAUGCCGAUUUCCACAACAACGACCAACCAGCAGCGGCUCCCGUGACGGCGCCGCAGAGUGAGCCCGGGUCAGCCGAGGCCCACUCGGACCGGGUCGGCGCCGGCCGACGCCUCGAGUCCCCGAACAGCGGUUCACAGGAGAGCGGCGCUCAGGACAACGCGCCGAGAGCUGAACCGCAGAGCGAAGCAGACAAGAACACGGCGGAGAGGCUUGAUUCAGAGAACGGAAACACCACAGAUAUCAAUGAUAACAGCACGGCUCUGAGUGUGAAUUCUGGGUCCAGUACUGACGUCUGUGACAACCAGGACCCAAGCAAACUCUACAGCUUGCAGCCGAAGGCCUCAGCCAGCUAAUAGUCCUGGGGAGGCUCCCUCCACCCUUUUUCUGAGGCCUCCUCUGUAAAUCUGCAUGCAGCUGAACACCGUCCUCCCAGGUCUCUCCUUCCUCUCUUAUGCUCACCUGCUGUGAGCAGACCUCUCUCUUCGGGGUCCCCUGUCCUCCCCCCCCUGCUUGCUUCUUCUUUUUAAAUCUGUUCUCCUUCCCUUACACGGAUGUGGGGUCUUUGUUGGUAUCAGUAAGAUUCAUAGCAUGCACUGCAUCUCAAAAACGUGUGACUUGGCAGCUCACGCCCGUAUUGCCGCACCCUCCCUUCCAUGAAGGUGGGGAAGAGAAGGUGCAGGUCUGUAGGUGGCCACCAGUGGGUGCUGUUCGUCUCAGUGAGGGUAUCACAGUAAACUGAAGGGCAACGGUUCAAUUAACAAUAAGCUCAAUCUUAAUCACUAUUACUGUUAUAAUAUGAUAAUUAUACGCAUAUGGAUCUGAAAACUCCACAGUGAACCUCAAGAUCACUUGGCUGAUAUGUAUAAUUUAGAACUGUGCAUGUCAAAGUAAAAUAUUUAGGAGGGAAAGCGAGUCUGCAUUACCAUGAGAUGUUUCAAUCUAAAAAAGAACUGUUUGUCAGUAUGGUGAAUUCAGUCUUAAAAAACUGUUGUAUUAAAAGGAUUAGGCUGGUACUAUUCAAUCUUUUGGUUGUUGUUAACCAAUCUCCUGAAAUGACCAAUACCAACAAUGCAUUAUUGCAUCUCUGUAUUUUCAAAAUGACUCAGCUGUGGCUCUCAGUCUCAAGCAAACAGUUCAAUGAAGUAUUGUUUUAUUCUUUAAUCAAAUCUUUAAUCAUCUUUUUUUUGCAAGCACCUUCUUGAACACGGGUAGAUAGUAGAUUCAUGGGAACUAUUUUCAGCUGUGGAUUCAUUAAACUGAACCACAUCUGGUGUUUUUACAGCAGCAGGAACGUGUGACUGGGAUUGACUGAAAAUAAACUGCUGCGCCAUCAAGCUUAUUACAACGCUUUUUUUUCUUCUCACCUGCCACAGUCAAAACUUGGCCGGGCCUUAGCUUACACAGUAGACAUUUUACUCCAAUUUGUCCUUAAUUAAACAACAGAAAUUAAGUUUACAUAUAGUAUACUGUUUAUUUCUAACUCCUCAGUUCAUGACAGUUUGGUACUUUGGUUCCUAAUGUGGAUAACUUACGGUAACCUAUAUAUUCCAUACACGUAUACCCCAGCAAGUCACUCUUUCGGUGGAGGUCUUGGCAAUUUCUGAGCUACAGUUCACUCCGUUAAAGCCACUUUCUACCCAACCACACAAGGACCCAUUGUGCUAAUAAGCAAAUGUAUCACAAUGUCGUUCACUUAAAUGUUCAUUUGACUUAGUCUUUCUUUUGGUAAACUGCAUAAGUUUCAACCAUUCAGAAAAGCCACUGGAUACCACCAGUAGAGUCAGAAACAGAAGGUUUCUGAUUGUUUUUUUUAAUACAGAUUCUGUCGUAGUAGAGAGACUCAAGCAGUAAAUUAUCCCUAAAGAAAACAGCAUGGUGGGGACCGUCUGUGAGAUGUUCAGUCAUUGUCAUGACACCCAAAAGCAUGGCAGAGUGGAAAAAAAGAAUUGUGUAGCAACUAUUUUUAUACUGCUAGUUGUAGUUUUAAACAAAUAAAUAUAUAUAUAUAUAUAUAUAGUAUUUAGCAUUAGCUCUAUUUAAACAUGUUUUUAUUUGCUAUACAUUAUCAGAACAAAUCAUAAUUUCUAGCCGUUCCUGAAUGUGAAGUAACUGUUUUGAUGUCUGCUUUGAAUGUUUUGGAUUUCCAGGGUUUUGUCAUUGAAUGAAAAUGCACGCACCCGUGCAGCUGCCGUUCCAAUGUUAGUGACUCACCCCACGGCUCAUGUAUAAAGCACCUCGGACCGAAACCUAAACCCUGAUUAGAGUCAUUUAUCUAAAGAGGUCUCUGUAAGUUCUGAUCGAACCAUAAACCAAAGGUUACUGUAGGUUAACAGCGGAUGAAGCCCUUUCUCAGCCCUCUGACUCACACAUAGGUGGCUUCAUCAGACAAUCAGGUGUUUGACCUUUGAACCUUACGUGUAGAUAUGUCACACAUACCGUGUUCUAUGGGUGCAGCUGAAGUUAUCUGAGCUGAUAAGUUAAUUGACACACACAGCGAUGUUCUGGGCGCCCUUCAUACUUUCUUGUUGAGCUCCUGAUCAGCCAGUCAGGAUGAGAGAAUCAAGGGUGACAGUAGUGUCAGUAUUAGUUUUGAUUGUCAAAAAAUACUAUGUUUACCUGCAGCUGUAAAGGCUGUGAAGCCCAAUAUUUUGUUUUCCAGUCACGUGCAAUGAACACCAGAUAAAUGAUGAUGAGUCAUCUUCAAUUUAAAUCUUUCUCCUCUUUAAUUCUCUCCCCAUAUUUUUCCUGUCCUGAGUAGUUGCCAUUUGAACGAUAACAUUUAUAAACUGAAAUAUUACGUUGCGUCACACUGUGGGCUGUUAUGUCAAGCGUUACCGAGAGACACCCUGUUCUAUUUAGUUAUUGAGGCAAAUAAAGCACUUUAUCACAUUAUGUUCCUUAUGCUUCUAUUAUUUACAGUCUUCAGCAGCUGUUAAGUCUGAUAAAAAGACAUUGUGCAACUUGACUGAGUCACAGAAGUGUUUGCAUAAACUAAAGAAACCAUUAGUUGAAUGUGAACAGCCUUUUUAUGUAAAUUUUCUGUUAAUGAAUAAAAACUACAAAGAAAACAACUAUUCCUCUGUUAUGUGCUAUGGUUGAAUACUGAGCUGUAAAUGUUUGGGUGAAAGUUUAUUUUCAAUUCCAUUGUUCCGUUUGUCAUUGUAACCAAACUGAAAAUAUUCAGGCAAGUUGAAUAAUGUGUGAAACCGUAGCCUAAAAUAUGCAGAAAUGUAACUUGGCAAGAAUGGUCAGAAAAAAAAAACUGAUGCAAUAUGUUUGUUUGUACACGUGUGCGUCGGGUCGGUCUGUUCAUAGUGUGGGAUUUAGUGCAUGCAGUACUUCUGUAGCUGCUGGGAAACAGUAUUGUUAUCUCAAUUUAAAUAAAGAUGAUGUUGUGUUAUUAUUACACUGUCUAUGUUAUAAAAAGAAUAAAUGCAGACAUUUUCACUUGCUUUUGGGGAGAAACCUCUGUCAAUAAAACGUUCCUUUCAUGCGCUGA